AUGAGUGGCAAUUCAUUGAACGUGGAGUUUACAAAUGCCAAAACCUCCGUGGCGUCGUUGAAAUGGGGACCCCUCUUUAAACAUCCAAGCACUGGUGGAUCAUCGUAUGGUGAUUUUGUCCGUGGAUAUUCGACCGGGGUCAUUUUCAGACAAGAAAAUUUGGAAAGUGUCAAAGCGUUGUUUUUCGAGUCGAAGCGCUUGGCCAACUGCGACUUGUACCGAAGUCGGAACAAUUCAUGGACACUCUUGUCGUCCCAAAGCAAGCCUCGCUUUGGAGUGUCGACCGACGUGCGCUUUGCGCGUCUGGCCUUCUUGGCCUUUCGACGUUAG